UGAGCAGACGACAGUCAGUUAACAUUCAGACAACGGAGGGGGAGCGUGAGAAGGUUGACGUUAAACUCCAUUAUUAAAUCGCCAAAAUAUUAGUUGCCAGGUGAUAUACAGCAUUAAAUAUAGCGAGUUCAACCUAUCCAGACUUAAUAAAAAAGAUGUCGCUUAAUGCCUAAGAGUGUUAUAAUCAAGAUAAGGGCGCGAUAUUCAGUAUUGAUCCAGCAAGUGUUGUUGGUGAGGCACAGUCGGCGGCCGCCAUGGUGGAGUUGUAAGUGAUUAACCCACGCCCGUACACCCACACAGUAUCCACACCGCCAUGGAGGUGGUAGGGGAGUACGAGUAUAGCACUAAGGACCUUAUAGGUCACGGUGCCUUCGCCGUAGUCUUCAAGGGGCGACAUAAACAGAGCCCAGCGCUUACUGUAGCCAUCAAAAGUAUCACCAAGAAGAACAUCGCCAAAAGUCAGAACCUCCUCAGUAAAGAGAUAAAAAUCCUAAAGGAACUAACGGAGUUGCACCACGAGAACGUUGUGGCGCUGCUCGACUGCAAGGAAACCGCCAACCAUGUGUUUCUCGUGAUGGAGUACUGUAAUGGCGGUGACUUAGCGGAUUAUCUCCAAGCCAAGGGGACGUUGAGUGAGGACACGAUACGCUUGUUCCUCAGUCAGAUGGCGGAGUCAAUGAGAGCGCUGUACGGAAAGGGCAUCGUUCACCGGGACCUGAAGCCUCAAAACAUCCUCUUAGCUCACGCCGGCAAGCCCAACCCUCCACCUCACCUCAUAACACUCAAAAUAGCUGACUUUGGCUUUGCAAGAUUUCUCCAAGAUGGAGUAAUGGCAGCCACAUUGUGUGGGUCUCCUAUGUAUAUGGCUCCAGAGGUCAUCAUGUCCAUACAAUACGACGCUAAGGCUGAUCUCUGGUCAUUAGGCACCAUUGUGUUCCAGUGUCUUGCUGGCAAGGCACCAUUCCAAGCUCAGACUCCACAGGCUCUAAAACAGUUUUAUGAAAAGAAUGCUAAUUUGGCUCCAAGAAUACCUUCAGGAACAUCCGCAGAAUUAGUUGAUCUCCUCAUGGGACUUUUAAAGAGAAAUGCAAAAGAUCGAAUGGACUUUGAAACCUUCUUCAACCACCCAUUUACUCGUAUGGGAGAGUCCUCAGCUCAGAAGCCAGUUUCAGGUAGCUCAUCAUCGGUGCCUAUGCCCACACCUUCUCCUACACCUGCAGCUACACCCAAGCCUGUGAGUCGUGGAGGAGCAUACACACACCACACACAGCCUGCUCCAAGCCCUCCUAUUGGCAACCUUCCACCAUCGCCAGAGGAACUGCGAAUGAGCAUUGACCAACGCAGUGGGAAUGACUUGCCUUCAGCUUCCCCUGUAGCUCCUACCACUGUCUCAAAACCCACCCCAGUACCUCGAACAACUAAUGCACAAUUACCAGAAGAAGCAGAAGACUUCGUUAUGGUGCCAGCCCAGCUCCCUAAUGAGCCAGAAGCAUCAAGAGUUCCACAAGGGUGGGGUGCACGGAUUUUGACAAAGCCCGUGGGAGCUAUAGUGUAUCAGAAAAAUGCUCCACAGUAUAGUCCUCUCACACCCCAAAUCCCAAGUUCACCCAGGCCCUCUCAUCUUCCAGUCCAAGGAGGCAGUAGUGGUAGCACACACUCCAGCAGCAGUAGUGAAUCUUGUCGGUCUGGGGAGCCCGUCCCUGUCCCAUCUCAGCGAGCAACGUUCCACCAGAUGACCUCCUCUGGCUCCUCAGAUCAGAUUUCUGCUACAAUUCAACCCGAGUCUCCUAAACAUCAGGGGAUGUCAACCAGCCGACCUUCACCACCACCACGUUCACAACCCAUCAACAUGCGAAGAGUGUCAGAUCAUAAAGCCCCUGAUGUUGCUUCAUUGUCACCUCCAGCUGUUCAAUUCACAAUUGGUGAUCCCCCCAUGGGAGGGAGGCGAAGGUCAACUUCUGGAAGCUCUUAUUCAACCACACCACCAACCACCGUAGCAGUCACAGGUAACACCCAGGUGAUCCAAGGAGGUCGCCUCACCCCCACCAACUCACCCUUACGUCAGUCUGGUCGUCGUACACCUCCCUACAUGCCUCCCCAACUAUUUUCCACCCCCCCUGUGCUGCCCCCCAUCCUGGGAUCUCCCACAAAAAUAGGUCUUGGUCAAGAUAAUCCUGCAGGAGACAUCUGUGGGAACACUACCAACCUGCCUCCCACAGCCCCACACCGUGCUAUCACACUCCCCGAGAUGACCUCUGUUUCACGUGACCUCUUUUUGGGUGUUACACAAGAUAUGAGUGUAGAAAGUAGUGGACUUCAACGAUCACGAACAGAGUCUCAUCUUUUAGAAUGUGUAGCUCGUGGUGCCAGUCCCCCCAACCCUGGGAGGUACGGUCAGUCAGCACCAGCAUUCCUUCUACAAAGCCACCCAUUGAGUCAGGGUGAUGGACAAGAUACUGUAGCUUUCUAUGCACCUCCCCUUCAUCAAGAAACAUUAAUGGAGCGCGAACACAAUGAAACAUUAGCGAAGCUCAACUUCGUGCUCGCCCUGGUAGACUGUAUCCUAGAACUGGCCCGCUCCAGAGCCGCACCAAUCACAGCCUUACGACAAAAUGCAGCCAUGAGAGAAUCGAUGUCAGGAGGCUCACCUCGUGAUUCAGACGGUUCUACCAUGGCGUCCCCUCCAUCAGAGUGGCAGCGAAGAGCAGAGCAGCUGGUGUUGUAUGUGAGAGCCUUACAGCUGCUGUCGUCAGCGCUUACUCUGGCCAAAGACGAGAAGUCAGUUAGCAGACUACAGCCUUCAAAUGCUGUUAAGAAUGUUGUAGGAGUGCUAAAUGACCGUUUUCGACAAGCGUUGAGUGUGUGCAAGGAUCUGAAUAGUACUGGAGCGGUUACUGCAGUAGAUCCAAGAACAUCCACCGUAACUGCAGACAAAUUGAUUUACAAUUAUGCUAUUGAGAUGUGUCAGAGUGCUGCAUUGGAUGAACUGUUUGGGAAACCAGAGGAGUGCUUCCGACGCUACCAAACUGCACAAAUACUUCUUCAUGCUCUGGCUCAACAAGUAGCACACGAUUCAGACCGCUCUCUGCUCACACGCUACAAACAGGCAGUAGAAAGACGACUAUUUCUCCUUCAUGAACAAGGAGUUGUUCAUGCCUAUAAUACAAAUGAAGCAUAGAGACUGGAAAAAAGUUUAUACAAUGCAUACAUUAUGCAUAAAUUGGUUGAAAGGCAUUGGCUAAAUUGUACAGGACGGAAAUACUUGGAAAAUGAUAUCAUGGAUUUCAGUUGUGUGUAUAGCACCUUUACAGCUUGUUUGACAAUAUUUUUUUAUAACUACUUCCAUGAUAAGAAAGACAUUUGUUUACAAUUUUUUCACAUUUAUUAAUACAGUAUUUGGCUGUCAAGACUGUGACCGAAUGUUAGGCUUGUACAGUAUACAUAUUACUUAUGCAUUUAAAUUGUUUCUCGUGAAUAUAAAGUGGCAACACACAAGUGCUAUAAACAGUGAUUCAUAUCGUAUAAUAGGAAAUCGUCAGCAGCCCAUAGAAUUUGACUAUUGGUAUUAUGGGGGGAGGGAAGGGGGCAAUCUUCAAGAAAAAGAAAUUACAAGAAGCUCUCUCAGAUUUUGUGAUUGUUGUAAUAUAUGAACAGCAGUGGAAAGGAUUUAUGAAAUUAUGACCAAUGUACAAUGGAAAAUUGUAUUAAUAACAAGAAGUCAAAACAAUGCUUCCUUAUUUAUUUUCUGUGUCUGUAGGAAUACUGUCACUUUAAUGUAAAGAUUUUUUUAUAUAAUAUAACUGUGCAUUGCCAAAAUGAAAGUGUUUCAGAAUGACGAUAGUUGUAUAAAGGUUCGCAAAUACUACUGACGUGUGUAAUUAGCAACGUUCUGUGUGCUUUAUAUAUACAUCCAUGUACAUGAAUAUUAUCACUCCAGCAAGCUCUGAUUAAUUCAUAAUAUAUAUAUGUUUUCAUUAACAACCAAUACCUCUAUGUUUGUAGCCUUGUUCCAUACAGCGAUCGUUACCCUGAGAAGCUCUCGGUACAAACAUUUUGUUCAUAAAAGUAAAAGAUGAAUAUUGUACUAUACUGUACGUAUUGAUGUACCUUCAGCAUUACAAUAUGCAGUUGCAAAAGCAUAAAAGGUGUUUCAGAUUGCUAUUACCAGCCUGUUGAAAAGUAUGAAAAAUAUCAGGGACAUUUCUCAACGGAAAUUAUUUCCUCCCGUCGGUUUUAAAGUAUGUACUUUAACUGAUACCACGGCCAGACAAUACUUACAUUAAUCAUUCUGUACUUGUGUGAACAAUUGAAAUGAUGACUGUGCGAAUUGAUAGCUGCAAUGCACGUAUUCCAGAAUGAAAGAAUGCCUUUAAAUAUAAAGUCAUACUUUUGCCUCGUUUCCAUAAAUAAGAGAGUAAAGUUCGUCGAGACUAGAAAAUAUGAUAAACAAUUAUUGCCUUAGUUUUUCGGUGGACGUAAUUGGCUAUAAAGAAGAAAAAAUAUACUAUAUAUGGUAAUGAAGCCAUGCUCCUAUAACUAAUAGAUAGUUAAGAAAUUAGCUGAGUGUAGCAGUUGUACACCAAGGCUGAAGUUAUCCACACCUGUAGAACAAACAAAACUAAAAAAAUAUUAUGGUGUUCAAAUUAUAUAAUUUUUUUAUUUGUUUUAUAUGCUGAGACUUGAUAAUUUAAUGUAUAGUAUCAGAAAAACAGACAUGUAGAAAUUAUAUUUCCAUGUGUUAAUUUGUAUAUUAAAUAUUCUAAUGAGGUAGUGUAUGAAAAAUACAUGAGUAUAGUGUUUGUGAUCACAUGUGGCAAUAGAUAUAGCUCAUUGGUGAGUAACAGGUUUUGUUAUUCAUUUCUCAAAGUUAUUCUGCCCCUUUUAUCUGUGAUGCUCAGGUGUCUCAGUGACAAAAAAAUUUCAUUAAUGAAGACUAUGAAUAACUUGGUGCUGGAUACCACUAGUUUUGGUGUAUUAAUGCCAGGGAGUAGUGUAUGAGUCAAGUGCUUAUGGAUCUUAACAAUACUCCUGACGCUGUGCUCACCUUCUCUUUCCCUUAUGCCCAAGAGGAAAGGCCUCAUUUACUGUUAUAUUUACUUCAUCAUACAUCCUAACAUUUAUUUUGGUGAUAAUAGUUUUUGAUAAUUUAUUUAGUACAGUAUGUACAUGGUCUAUAAUCAUUCAUUUAUUCCUGUGCUAUCAAGAAUAUACUGGUAUAUACAGUACCAUGUUAAGAGAUGAAGCAUUAGAAACAAAGAAAACUGGUAGCAGAAUAGAUUUUUUAAUUUGUGAAAAUGUUGCCAGAAUUGCACAGGAAAAUAGAGUGAUUAUCAGUUUUUUGUUACCCAGAGUAAGAGUUGUUUCCAGUUUCAUUUUACAACCAAGUGUCAAAUGAAGAGUUUAAGUGCUGCAUAAGAUAUCAGAAAAAAUUCAAUAUAAGAAUAAUGAUUUGCAACAGUUUAUUGUAUCUUAUUAAUUUGACUAUUUACUCAUUGAGAAAGCAUGUAAAUAUCUUGAUAUUAACUUGGUUAACAUAAUGACAAAUCUGAAUUUGUUUUGCUUUGUUUUUGUCUUUCAAAUCUAUAUACAAUUACUCAGGAAAAAUAGCUUAAGAUUCAAUUGCCACAAAGUCUUUUGUUCUGCAAAUGUGUAUAUAUGUAUGUGUGAGUGUGCAAGUGUUUUGUUUUAGGUAAUUCUCAUUUGAUUUUGGAUAACUUGCCUGUGAAAAGCUUUAGUUUUUAUAUGUAUGCAUUAUUUUUAGUCUUGAAUAGUAAGGUGAGAAGUAAUUAACUAAAAUAUGUACUUAGAAUUUUCUUCAUGUUUUUCAUAUGGAGUUCUUAACUCCCAACCUCAAGUUAUGCAGUUAAGUCAGUAUAAUUCUGCAGAAUAUGUAAUAAGAUAUGUAUAACCUGGUAACUGAUUGAUACCCUGAUGUUGAUCUUUAGUGUUGCCCAAAUUGACACGACCAGCUUCAGUACAGUGUAAUCGAAGGUAUAUGUGAAAAAUAUCAGUUUUCUGGUUAUAUGUGCAUUCUACAUCUGGGGGGCACAGAUUGUAGAACAUUACUGUAUAUGAUAUAAUAUUGUCUGUCGUUUGCAUUCAUGGAGUCAGUGUCUAGAAUUUACUGUCUUUUACAGUGAUACAGUGACUUUCUCUGAGAAAUUGCAAAAUUCAUCAUCAAGUAAUGGAAAUGAAGUGAUGCCCAUGUGGCUUCUAUCUAGUCCCGUAACACCGAGCCCAAGGCCUAAUGCACUUCACUAAUAAAGAACAAAUCAUCGUUGAUUAGACAGAAUUAAAAAGUUAGUACUGUACAUGUAUUUUGCUUUCAGGCUGUGUAUAUAAAAAGUGGUCAAAUGUAUCUUGAGGGGUGUUCAUUGACUUGUAAAAUGAACUUAGUGGGGUAAGAUGUUAACAAUAAUUAUUAUGGUUUCCGUAGUAAUUACUUUUUUUGUAAGAGGAAGUGAAUCAGUCACACAUCAUGAGUUGUUCUUUUAUUAUCAGGAAGGUAUAAUCCCUUGUUGGUACAUAUAACACUUAUAAGUUUUUGAGUUUACAUCACCUGUACAUUAAAGUUAUCUUUCUAGUCGAUUGAUUUGUGUGUGGGCAUUUUGGGUGGGUAUGCGUUGGUCCCGGUGUCACACAUGAAGGACACUGUAGUUCUGUCAGCCCAUAUCAUAAUUUAAGGGACAUGCGUCUCUCAAGAUCUCGUGCUUAGUUCAUAGUUUGUUAUUAGUGCAUAGGUAAAGGGUUCACGACAAAGGAAUGUAUUUUUUUUAAUAUGCAUGGAAACUAUGUGUAUGAAAAUGCACACACUACUCAUACAUACAGUAUAUAUUUUACAAACACUCUCAUUAGCAGACAUUCUGUACUGUGUACUCAUUCUGUAUCUCGCACACUCCUGACACACACAUACACACUACAUCUUCCAUAGGCAGUUAUUGCAAUUCAGUCUACAUUAAAUAGACUUUGUUCUCUCGUCAUUUUCAGACUUUGCAUGACUGAGUUACAUAAUAUAUCUGGAACAUUAAAUAUUAAAAUUUUGUAGUUCCUGUUAAUCAUUCUGUGACCUACUGAUUUUAAUCAUGACUGCAGUCAUGGGCAAAUUAUCAUCCGAGCAAGACAUGCCUGUGCCACUAACCUGUACUGACUCACAACAUGGGUAGUGGCAUUAGCUGUUGCCAUGGUGUCUGCCAACCACAGCAUCUGUGAUCUGUUUGUUUUUACGUUAGUGAGAUUUUUUACAAGAUGACUCAUUGCAUUACUGUAAGAGCUGCAAGAGCAAAAUAUUGUGAAACAGUGUGUGUACAGGAAAUGUAUAUUUCUUGUUGCAAUGCUGCCCUGUCUGUGUUUAUUUCUGUGCCUAUUAUUUAAUUCAGGAAUACAAGAAGACAUAAGAUGAAAUGUCAGUGUGAUGGCUGACUAGUUAGUGAACUGAAUGAGAGGGUGAAAGUCAUGUGUGGAUGAACUCUGAUGGGGUAUUUGAUAAUCCCAGAUGUAGACAGUAGUUGUAUGUCAUCAAAGAGUUGCCCAGCCUUUGUAGUGAAAGUGUGUUGGCACACUGCAGUAUUACAAGACCCAAAGUAACUAUUCUUACAUAUUCUUUCAGAUUGGCAAAUUUGUUACUUGGUCAAUACAAGAACAAAUGUAUGGCUGUUGGUCUCUGUUCCUGUUUAACCAAUUGCAAAUUAUGCUUUUAAAUGUACAGAUUAUAGCUAAAAAUUCUUAUUUUAAAAAUUAUAAAAAAAUUCAAAAAACAAAAAAGAAUACUGCUAUGUUUGACUGCUGUAGCGGCAGGGCAUAAUGCAGGUCCUGUAAUACACUAGAUGCCUUUAUGUACAUGUGAAGCAGAUAAACAGCAUUGUGUAGAGUAUCAUACCUACUAUAAGCAAGUUUUUGGUGGGUAUAACCAUCUCCUAGUAGCUCCUAGUCAUGUUGAUAUAAUAAUUUUAAAGGAGCAGAUGGCCACCAGAGAUAGGGUUAUGGAUGUACAGGCUACCCUACAACCUGUGUUUGUGUACAUAUGAUGAGGAUGCAGGUAAACAUUAUUUACUCUUGCAACUAGUACAAUGCCCUGCAUGGGCUGUCAUUUUAUAUUCUUAUUAUAAACACAAUAGAGCAAAAAGAAAAGUCAAAUAAAAAGAAAGUCUCG